AUGGAUGACAAAGAGACCUGGUCCAUUUCUGAGCCUGCAGGUUCUUACUGCUCCCAGGAUGAGGCAUACUGUGGGGAAACCAAGAGCGAGCCCCAAGAGGACCAGCAGUCACCCUCUAUUCCAGAUGCCCGCCUUGACCGGAAGCUUCAGUAUGAUCCAUCCCCAUGGGACCCUGAGUCCUCACUCUCUGAAUGCUCCCAGGGGGAUGAUCACCCAGGGCCACCACCAUAACCAUGCUCCCUUUCAUGUCCGUGGUAUGAUGGCCAUUUCUGUACUGAAGACCAGGGCUCAGGGAUUCUCAGGGCUCUUGCCCCUGAUAGCGUUGCCCAGAAUCCCACGUGGCAUGGGUCCCUUGCUUCCGGCUCCUCCAGGCCCAACCAGGCUAUGACCUCGCUGUGACCAAGGAAUCAGUCAACUUAGGAAUGUUCAGAUUCCCUGGAAUCAGAAGAGGAGGGGAAGGAGGAAGGUGAAGGAGACGUGGAGGGAGGAGAAGAGACAGCACCUCCUGCGCUGCAUGUCUUGGGUGGAAUUGGAACCCAGGGUGCUGAGCAGGCAGAGCAGUGGGACCCUGUUUCCCUCAACAGACUCAGCAGAGCCAGGAGACACGGAGCAAGACAAGCAUGCCUAAGAUGCAGUGAGGGGCAGUCAGAAAAGCACCUGAAGGAGGUUCAAUCGAAAUGUAAAUGCAUCGCUCUGCUCCUGACUGCUGCACCAAACCCUGAAAGUAAGGGGGUAUUGAUAUUCAGGAAGCGUCGACAAAGGGCCAGAAAAUUUAUGCUCGUGAGCUACGGCACAGGAAAGCCUAUAGACAAUAGUUUUAAGGACGAAUACAGAUUUGACAGAGACAGCUUAGACCAGAACUUCAGAUUUUCCUCUGCAACAACAAGUGGAUCUGAGCUUGAAGAAGAUUCCAGUUGUGAGGCUGAAAGCCGAGGCACUGCUUUGAACAUCACUUACAACUUCAAUCCACUAGCUGGGGGAGUAUCAAUAAAUCAUAGCUGGAAGGCAAUGGAGCAGCUUCCACAGACGAAAGGCAAGGGAGUCUUGAUGUUUGCCAAAAGGCGCCAGCGGAUUGAUGAAAUUGCUGCAGAACACGAGGAAAUGAGACGGAAGGGCAUACCAGUGGAAGCAUUUGCAGAAGAUGAGGUCAUUGUCCCCUCAAUGCCUGUUACACAAAAGGAAACUGCUCUUGUCAAGCAAGAUGUUCAAGUCAAGCAGCAACUACAAUAUCAGGAACAGCAAUAUCAACUACAGCAUGACUACCACCCAAACACUGGUGUAAAUGGUCUAGAUCCAUCUUCAAUGUCCAAAUCCCUUGUGCCUAACAGAACUGCCAAGCCAUUUUUGGGUGGUCUUAAUCAAGCACCAAAACAAUUUUCCUCUGUUAAAGGUGUCCCAAGCCCAACAUUGAAAAAACCUGAAAACAUCUUCAAAGUUCCCAUUCCAGUGAACACAAGCCCCCAGGUCUGGUCACCCACAGGGGAUAUAAUUGCCUCUCGUGAUGAACGUAUUGUAGUACCAGCUAUUAAAACUGGAAUUCUGCCAGAAAUAAAAAGGAGAGGGACAAACAAAUCAGAUUCCAGAGAAUUUCAAGAGGAAGACCACCUCAGUCUUGGUGCAGAGGCCUGCAACUUCAUGCAAGUUCCAACAGUAAGGCAAAAAAACCCUCCACCUGUCCUUCCCAAGCCUGCCAUCAACCCAGCUUGCCCGCCAUGGUCUACAGAGGGCCAUACCCCUCGCAGUCCCCUUACACCAUCAAGUCCUGCUCCUGUUCAAGUGUACUCAACUCUGGCACAGAAAAACCAGGCUUUACACAAACCUCAGCCUCAGCCCUGUAACAAAUCCUGGGUUCCAUCACCAACCCAACGAGUGCCACAGCAGCAUAUGUCUGGCUGGCUGCCACCCAGUCAAUCAACUUCAAAUCAGGCUACUUGGCCUUCAGAACCACAGCAAGCACCAAUGAGUAUCCAGUCCCCAACUGUAUGCCAUGCAGCCCCCCCUCAGUCAAAGGUCCCCUGGGCAAAGCCCCAAUAUCAGGCCAAUUCUGUGGCUUCCUGCCCACCCCAUCGUGGGAGUUCUUACUUCCACCCAUCCAACACUCCAUCAGCUUCUUCAAGGGGGCAUGCCUCAGAAACAGGGUUCUCAGAUAGGCCAACCUUUAAGGGAAAAGGUGCAGAGCUAUUUGCCAGGCGACAGACUCGCAUGGAGAAAUUUGUAGUAGACACAGAGACUGUGCAGGCCAACAAGGCUAGACCCCCCUCACCCACACUGUCCAUGCCAAGCGCCUGGAAAUAUUCUCCUAAUAUCCGGGCUCCUCCUCCAGUGUCUUACAACCCAAUUGUAUCCCCUUUCUACCCUCUAGCAGCACAGAAGCAGUCCCCUAAUGCAACUAGCCCAAAAUCAAAGUCUGAAACAAGCAAAGAGCAACCCAAGCCAAAAGCUAAACACCUCAGUGUUGUAGAUGUCAUGAAACAUCAGCCUUAUCAGCUGAACUCCUCACUCUUCACCUACAACUUCAGCCCAGAAAUGAAGCCUGCAAGCCCUAAAGCAUCUCCUGUUCCUCCUCCAAAGUUCAAACAAAUCCCCAUCCAUACUCCUACCCAUCUGCAAGCUCCAUCCUCUGGCCAUUUCCCAUCUCCUACCCUGCCUCCGUCCUCUGCCAUAUCUUCUGAAAGUGCCCAGCUAUUUAAACAAGAUGCUCCUGCAACACCUGGAGGACCGGUAUACAGCAGGAGCCACUCCAUGUCUCUGCCCCGGGGACACUCCUCUGUGUCCAGUCCAAGUUUCCAUUCCACACGCGGAACACUGAACAGGCAGAUGUCCGGGGUGGAGCGGCUGCAAAAGCCCUUCUCUCCAUGGGAAGCAACUGUUCAGAGCCCCCUAGGCCUAGUUGAUGAGGUUUUCGGAACAGCGCACAGGAAGUCGCUACCAGAGUCAUCAUUGGACUGGAAGCGACAGGUAUCCAAUAACCCUACCGGGCGACCAAUAGCUGAAAUAGCAGUGGGCAUCCCAUCAUUCAGCAAGGCCUUCUCCCCCGCCUCAGGAAAAACAAUCCCAUAUGGGCCGCCUUUCAGACCAGCCCAGCCUCUUCCAGGUGACAGGUACACUGGAACAAGUUCUUUGCCUAGAAACUUUUCUCCUCACUCCAACAUGCAAAUGUAUAGAGUCAGCUGGAAACAGAAGUGACCUGUAGCACUGACUGUUAUGAUCCACCUCACAGUUUUCUCACAGCUCACAUAGAUCGUUAGAAACAGUAACAUGAAUUAUAGUUGUUCAGUUUAAUGAUCGAAAUACCUGCUUCAGCAAUAUUAAAUGGAUAUUUUCAUGAAAGCUAUACUUAGAAAGUAGGGUAUGAGUAUAGACGUGUGUAGCACCUUUACCCCAACAAAUUUGGGAUAACAUGCCAGUGUAGCAAAUGUGACAUAAGUUAUGGGUACUUGCAUGUUUCUUAUGAGCUGAAAAAAGGUAAUGAUGAAACACAUUGUUUGUAGAAUGUAUUUUAUUAUACUUAAGGUACAUUUAGUACUUGGGUUGAAUGACAUUUGUGAAUAGUUGCUGUAACUAAAAUAAAAAAGCAUUGCAUUUAAUGACAACCUGAAGUUUAUAGACAGUAAAUCUAGAUUUUUUACAAUACACAUUUAAUCAUUUGGAAUCAGUUUCAGUGCAUACGUUUGAGUUUUUUUUAUAUCUGGUGAUGAUGGUCUCCAAGUGUGCUUUUGUUUUGUAAUUUUUCCUCAUGUUGUAACUUCAUGGUAAUAGGAAGAGUAAUAGGAAUGACAUCAGUGCAGCAACAGUUGUUCCCAUAGUUGAUUGUUGUUGAUCUGCACGGAACAUGCAUGUUGACGCGACAGAACGCACAGCAGACUUCUUAUAAUGUGUGAUGUCUAUUCAGUCAUGGGCUUGUUCACUGGCAAUCACUUUUAAUGU